AGUCCUAACCCUAACCUAAAGCAGCGAUUAACCUCAAAAUUGGUUACCAGUUUGUUGUCUAGCGGCGUGGUUUCUCCCAGUUGCUCUUGUUCAAUAACAUUUGUGCUUGAAGCGCAUCAUUUGAGUAUAAACCGGAAAAAUGGGCGAAAUGAACGUAAGUGAACAAGCUUCCAUAGCUGAGGCCACAGACGAACUCACAUACGAGGAAAAAAUAGCUUUCUGUAACGGAAUUGCCAAACCGAUGGCUCCAAAGAAAUUAGCCAAAAAAUGCUACAAACUAAUCAAAAAAGCAAACCAGCAGAAAACCUACGUAAGAAGUGGCCUUAAAGACGUCCAGACCAGAAUACGAAAGGGCGAAAAGGGCAUAGUUAUAUUUGCUGGCGAUGUGAGUCCGGUCGAGGUGAUGUGCCACCUACCUGGAGUGUGCGAAGACAAAGACAUUCCAUACGUUUUUGUACCAAGCAGGAAGGAUUUGGGCGCAGCUUUAAAUGUUAAAAGGGGCUGCCUUGUUGUUCUGAUCAGGCCUAACAGUGACUACGAGGAAGCAUUUAAUGAGCUAAAAGAGCAAUUUACUACUUUACCUGUGGCCCUUUAAUGUAAGCAACUUUAGAAUAUUAAGUUUAAAUUUA